UUUUGAUUCUUACACUGAUUUGUGGGAUUAUCAGUACGUGUAUGCAGCCCUGACUGGUAUCUAUGUAUCAUGGCUAUCAACUGGUUCUUUCAUCGGAGGUUGGAAAGUUUCAUAUGCCGAUGCAUCAAGUUGGCCGGUGUAUGGUGCAUAGAUGAAGAGCCAGAGUUCCUCUUAACUUACUGAUGUUCCGAGCAGAGGAAGAGAAAGAAGCGGUUGCAGAAAGAACUUUUGGCUUUACAAAAUGAGCCACCUCCAGGCAUGACCUUAAAUGAAAAGAGUGUUCAGAAUUCAAUUACUCAGUGGAUUGUAGAUAUGGAAGGAGCGCCUGGUACAUUAUAUGAAGGAGAGAAAUUCCAGCUUUUAUUUAAGUUCAGCAGUCGAUAUCCUUUUGAUUCCCCUCAGGUUAUGUUUACUGGUGACAACAUCCCUGUUCAUCCUCAUGUAUAUAGCAACGGCCAUAUAUGUUUAUCAAUAUUAACCGAAGAUUGGUCCCCAGCCCUGUCUGUUCAGUCUGUCUGUCUUAGCAUUAUCAGCAUGCUUUCCAGCUGCAAAGAAAAGAGGAGGCCUCCAGACAAUUCCUUUUAUGUAAGAACUUGCAACAAGAAUCCAAAGAAAACCAAAUGGUGGUAUCAUGAUGACACAUGUUGAUGCCACUGUUGCAGUUUCUUAGAAGAAGAUAGUCCUACUGAGUAAAUGAGCACUUUGAUCCUUCAAGUCUUUGAACUUUAAUAUUUGACUAGGGGUGAUUCAAACACAAUGAAGACUACUUCCUUUUUACUGCAUUUUUACUAGUGUGCAUUGUGAGCGCAUGUUGAUAGCUGCUUCAGCCCCAUGCAGCGGACAUGCUUUGUAGUCAUACUGGAUUAAUGCAGGCGUCAGGAUGAAAAUUCCAUUUUAUUUUUCUCUUAUGCUUUCGAGAUUUCCCAGGUCCUCAUGUAUUGUGCAAUAACGAUGAUAAAUGCAUGAUAGGGCCUCAUGGAUAUGUUUACCAAAAGCUUGGGGAAAGGAGAAACACUUCCUUCGUUGCAUUGCCACCCUUGAAAUCGGGAUACUAUGCACUGUGAUUGUGGCAGCAUGGCUGCACAUGCUUGACUGACGACCGUUAAACAGGAACUUUGGAUAUUUAUUAACAUGUUUCCUUUAUGUCUGUUUGACAAAUGUUUUCCGGUGAUUGUAUUGACCAGGUACUAUAUCUCAUGCCUAUGUGAGAAUAUAAAAAAUGUUGUAUAUAGCUAUUGAUAGAGCUAGCGUUUAGAGUAUAAGAUAUGAUAGGGGUUAAGGCACUGGAGUCAGGGCUUUUUAUCUGAAAGGGCAAUACUAAUUUGCUGCAGUCUUUACAUAGGCCUGAAUAUCAUACAUUUACUUUUCUUUCUUGAACAGGAGAUAACCAUAAAUCAUUGUCAAGCCAUCAGCCUUAGCCCUUACUCAACCUCAUUUAUUUAUGUUGAAAGAGAAAAACAACUUUGCCACUUGGAUUGUUUUGUUGUCAUGUUGUAAAUCAUGUUAACUAAUACAAAACCAUAUAUAGACCUAAAAUCUUGUCAGAUAUUUUCUUGAUGUUUCUAUCCAUGCCUGCAAGCAAUUGUAAAGUCACAAACCAUAGCACACAUAUAUAAAAGUUUAUUUUCUUAAUCCACUUUGCUCAUACCAUCACAAUAUCCUUCCAAAAAGGCCUGUUCUUUGUUGGGCAACAAUUGGUAUCUACCGGCUUCAUAAUUAUUAUAAUUUUUUUCUACACUGAAACACAAUUGUCUAAAAGCCGUGCUAAUAAAUUUCUUUAUUUUUAUGUUAUUUAUUCUCA